GAAUAGUAUUAAUGAUCUAAAUGAACAAUCUGUUACUAUUAGUAUUAAUGAUAGAAAUAGUAUCAGUAUUAAUGAUCUAAAUGAACAAUCCAUUAUUAUUAAUGAUAGAAAUAGUAUUGUAAUUGAUAAUCUAAAUGAACAAUCCGUUAUUAUUAAUGAUAGAAAUAGUAUUGUAAUUGAUGAUCUAAAUAAACAAUCUGUUACUAUUAAUGAUAGAAAUAGUAUUGAUGGUCUAAAUAGUAAUGAUGAUAAUCCAAAUGAACAAACUGUUGUAGAAACAUCAUCAUCGUUAGCAUCACAGAAAAGUUAUAAUCUUAGAAGAAAAAGACCAGUAAACUAUAAUGUUGGUGGAACAUUACCAAAAAAGUGA